AAGAAAAAAAAAAAAACCACGAAAACUUUUCACUCUCACCGACUCAACUUGUCCAAAAACAAAGCCCUAAUUUCGCUUCAAUUUCCCCAAUUCCAACCGCAAUCCAAAUUCUCAUGAAAUUAACCUAAUUCAAUUCACCAAUCGACGCUUCCGAAAAUGUCGCACCGUGGUAAUAAUGACUCGCCGGCGAAGAGUGAGGUAAUCGGAAACGGACCAGUUUCAACUGUGGCGAAUUCGAUGGCGUCGAGACAUAGACUGAGGUUGAACCCUAACAAGGAGCAUAAGCCAGAAGGUUACGAAGAUUUGGAAUUGGAUUUCAAUCCUUCGAUUUUCAGCUCGUUGGAAAGACACCUUCCACCGAACAUGCUCGUUGUUCCACGUGAUGAUAAGGCUAAAUUCAUGCGUGAGAUUUUGCUUAAGUAUCUUCCAAUCGGAGAACGUAACAGAAGUCAGAGGCACAAAGAAUACAGACAGAAGAUAAUAUCGAAUUAUCUGCCUCUACAUCGCGAGUUGUACACUUUGAAUCCUACUGCAUUCUUUGUGCCGUCAUUUCUGAAAGCAAUUAAUGAUAAUACAGAGCAAAGCUUUAGAAGUAUAAUGUCUGAGCCCUCUGCAGGCAUUUUUGUAUUUGAAAUGUUUCAGCCAGACUUUUGUGAGUUGUUGCAAUCUGAGCUUGAAAAUUUUGAGAAAUGGGUGGCUGAAGCAAAACUUCGGAUCAUGCGUCCCAAUAGAAUGAAUAAAUAUGGUGCUGUACUUGAUGACUUUGGCCUUGAAACGAUGCUUGACAAGCUUAUGGAUGAUUUUAUUCGCCCUUUAUCUAGAGUUUUCUAUCCAGAAGUUGGUGGAUCAACCUUGGAUUCUCAUCAUGGAUUUGUUGUUGAAUAUGGUAAAGAUAAAGAUGUUGACUUGGGUUUCCAUGUGGAUGACUCGGAAGUUACCUUGAAUGUUUGCUUGGGUAAGGAAUUUUCUGGAGGGGAGUUGUUUUUUCGGGGCACGCGAUGUGAGAAACAUGUAAAUACAGGAAGUCAUUCAGAGGAGGUCUUUGAUUAUUCGCAUGUCCCUGGACGGGCUGUACUACAUCGUGGUCGACAUCGUCAUGGUGCUAGAGCUACAACAUCUGGCCAUCGAGUCAACCUACUUAUGUGGUGCAGAAGUUCUGUCUUUCGAGAGAUGAAGCGGUACCAAAAAGAUUUCUCUAGCUGGUGUGGUGAAUGCAAUAGAAUGAAACAGGAAAGACAGCGCUCCACAUGCGCUGCUACUAGGAUGGAAUUGAUCGCAAGGGAAGAAGGUGAAUCCACGGCAUAGUUUGUUUUUGCUCAGUGGAUGGUUAUAAAAUGAUGUAUCUGCCUGCAAUCAUUAGUCGAGAAACUCAUGAUUCCUGAUUCAGGUCUCUCUGUCUGUACAAACUUUCUGUUGUAUUGGGAUAGAUUUCUUUGAAUAAGCUUUGGUUUGGUUUGGUAUUUCUUGGAAAUAUGUUACAGAUUCUCAGAAGUUUAGCAAUAUAGCUUUAGGCUGUAAUUAACUUCUACUAAAGUUUCUCACUAUUUCAACAUCUUGUUUUUUUACUUUUAAAAAUGCAACUAUUGUUUUUUUGUUA